AUGGCUUCGCGCAGCGCUGAGGGUUCGAUCGAUGAAAUAUCUCAAAAUGAUAAAAAAGUGCCCGAAAUCAAGGCUAUGCGUAGAGUACAUCUUUCAUCAAAUUUCCUAAUGGAUAUCGCGAAUUAUUUCUAUUGUCUUACAAAAAAUGUAAAGAUGGGCGAAAGGUUGCCAAUGAUUCAGGAGCAAGUAUAUCAGGUAAACGAUCCAAUGCAGAUGAAACUAUACUUAAGUGAGUGUGGUAAACAUCUGCAACGUAUAGGCAAGUUACGGGAUUCCUUACACUUCCUGGAGGCGGCUCAUGCCGUCGAACUGGGCACUGUAGCGGACGAUGUACAGAAGGAGAUAACUCAACUGUUAACCGAAAUUUAUAGCAAAUUGGGACAUUUUCGCACAGAAUUGAACUUUCUAUGUUGGGAACUGGAUCUGUUCGGGUCAAACGACAGUAGGGCCAUUUCAUGUGAAUCGAAAGACGGAAUGCUAAUAAGCAAACGUGAUUUCAAUAAAGGAGAUAUGGUAUUCUUUGAUAAGCCUGUGGUUGGCUAUGUGGAAGAUUCCAGAAUACAGUGCAAUAAUUGUACGGUCAAAACAUUGUACGCAAUCCCUUGUAUGCAGUGCUGUGCGGUAUUUUACUGUAGUGUGGCAUGCCAGCGCAAUGAUAAUCAUUAUCACCAGUACGAGUGCCUGGGAUUUCAGAUGCAUUACCUUCUCCUCAUUGAAAAUAUUUUAACACUACGGAUGCUAGUGAAGGCUUUGGAUGUAUUGCAGCAGAACUUAUUGGUACGCGAGGACUCACUUGAUAAACCGAAAACGGUAGAGCAACUUUGGGAAGUUUUGCUCGAAAAUCAUACACAUUCGGCAGACUUUCUGCAAGUCUUUCAAGCACGUACAUGUGAUCACUUCUCAGACGAAAAGAAAGUUUAUCACACUCUUCUUCGUAAAGUCCCACAACUGAUGUACUUUAUUAGGAAUUACAUGCAGCUGCUGGUUAAUUAUGAGCACUGUUGGACAGGUUUUCCGCAUCAUUUGCGCCACGUGUUCGUGGAGAGCGUCCUGUUACGCUUGUUAUGCCUAGCGGAAUCACAAGCGUGUUGUUUUAAGUACGAGCUCGCAUUUGACAAAACCGAAUAUGAGGAAAUGCUGCACACGACUGGCGAGGGCACACGAGGGUCUAAAUUGCUGGAUUGUAUGUCCAUUUCUGAGUCAAAUGUAUCGAAGAGAAAUCAAUAUUAUGGAUUGUACCGGUUCCAGACCGAGAUGAAAUAUUCUCGCACUAUUUACAAUACUGUCCCCAUAUUAUUGGAUCAUGGCGCUGUCGCGAUUCGUGCGAUAGUUGAAAUCAAGAAGGGCGAUACUUUAAUUUUCAUGGAAGGUGCACCUAGAGAUACAGCUCCUCUCAAUGUAAUUUCUAUGAACCCUGCUAACGUUGAGGUGCUUCCGUUGUACAAGGGUAUGUAUGAGCCAUACACCAAUAAGAUCAAAUUGAAAGAUCAAAUUACAAUCUGGUUACAAUUGAUAACGGAAAAGAGAAACAUAUUUACGGAAGAUCACUUUAUAGGCCUUCUGUUAUUGUUCGAUCGCUUCAUAUCCAGGUACCAGAGUGUACCGAAGCGACCUAUUUGCUUCUUUUCGCUAUUCGAAUCAACAAGUAAGCUGGAGAAAAUAUACCACGAGGCUAGACUAAUCCCCAUGGUACUGAUGCAAGAUUUGUGGAUGGUGCGGUUAAUGUACCGUUAUACUAAUUUGCGCGCUAUAAAAAGAGAAAAUAUCGAAAACUUGGUUAAUUACAUGUAUGACACAUAUUACCUAGAUUAA